AUGGCUCAGAACCAAACUGAACAAUUCAAGCCCUUAGCUCCAUUCAUAUCAUCAACUCAUCACUUCAGCAGACAAGAGGAUCAAAACAUUUCCCAACAAAAAAUCAUUCGUGCAAAAAAGUUCAUAAGAUGCUGUGGCUGUGUCACUGCCCUUUUAGUGAUAUCUGUAGUCAUAAUAUUAGUGUUGGGCUUCACCGUUUACAAUGUGAAAGAACCCGAAGUGAGGAUGAACGGGGUUACCCUUCUCAAUGGAUCUUUUGCCGACGGUGCUACUAAUAACAUUACACUUCUUGCAGAUGUCUCUGUGAAGAAUACAAACGAUUUUACCUUCAGGUUUGGAAACGCCAAUACCACUGUUUACUAUGAUGGCAUGGGAAUAGGUAAGGGUUUUUCUCCACCGGGUAAGGCCAAGGCCAGAAGGACGAUAAGGUUCAACGUGACCAUGCAGAUUGUGACACAGAAGCUUUUGGCUGUUCCAAGCUCGAUGAUUGACCUCAAGGAUCAAGCUUUGAAUCUCAGUAGCUAUACCAUGAUAGAUGGCAAGGUGAAAAUACUUAACCUGUUUAUGAGGAAAGUUGAGGUUGAGUUGAAUUGUACGGUUCAAUACAAUAUCACCACUGGUUUUAUCUCCAAUGGUGACAAUUGCCUCAGACGUGUUGAUAUUUAG